AUGGCGGUCUCGAUAUCGCAGCUAUCGUUCGAGCACCACCGCGAACCCUUGGGAAUUGCCGAGUCCAAACCUCGUAUAUCCUGGCGGUUCGAGGGUGUUGCACCCAACUGGACACAAGCAGGUUAUGAUAUCGAGAUACUACGCAACGGCGUACCGCAAGUUUACUCUAUCAACUCGUCCGAUUCCAUUCUCGUCCCAUGGCCAGAUACUGCUCUGGAGACAGCCGAGGAGGCUAGAGUCCGAGCUCGGGCCCAUGGAAAUCAGGGUCAAUCAUCUACGCCAUGGUCCGACUGGGUGGCAGUUGAGCCAGGGUUAUUGAACGAGACGGACUGGGGUAGUGCAAUCCCCAUUGCUGCUGACCGCGAGACCGAGGUGAAUGGACCUAAGCGUCCAAUAUACUUUAGAAAGUCCUUUGCUGUGGACCAAGAAAUCAAAUCCGCCCGACUGUAUAUCACCGCCCUAGGAGUCUACGAGGCGGAGAUCAACGGGCAAAGAGUAGGCGACCGUGUUAUGGCACCUGGGUGGCAAUCAUACAAUAAUCGACAUGUCUACGAUACUUAUGACGUGACUGAUCUUAUCAAGCAAGGCGACAACGGAAUCGGUGCUACCGUCGCAGAGGGCUGGUUCUCUGGCAUCCUUAGUUUCGGUGGAAAGUAUAGGAAUAACUAUGGAGACACAAUUGGCCUUCUCUCAUUGCUUGUCGUUACGCUGGAAGAUGGAUCCAAACUCGAGAUCCCGACCGAUGCAUCUUGGCAGGCAAACACCGGACCCACCGUGUCUUCUGAGAUCUAUAACGGGGAGACAUACGAUUCACGGCUUGAAGCUAACAUUGCCGGAUGGUCGUCGGGUUCGUUCAACGGUACCAAUUGGCUGGCAGUCAAGAAAUUACCCACGCUGAAAGGGAGGCUAACCCCCCCUGACGGCCCGCCAGUCCGGAGGGUCGAGGAGGUCAAAGCUCAAAGGAUCUUCAAGUCCCCAUCAAACAAGACUCUAAUCGAUUUUGGCCAGAAUGUAGCUGGUAGGCUUAGGGUUUCAGUGUCGGGGCCGAGAGGUACAAAUAUCACUUUUCAUCAUGCCGAAGUACUCGAAAACGGUGAGCUUGCCCUUCGCCCACUGCGUUUAGCUAAAGCGACCGACUCGUUCAUCCUGAACGGUGAUGGUACCCAGACCUGGGAGCCACGGUUCACUACCCACGGGUUUCGGUAUGCACAGGUAGACGGCUGGCCGGAGGCAUCGACACCACUGGACAGAAAUUCUAUCACAGCAGUUGUUCUUCAUAGUGAUAUGGAACGUACAGGCUGGUUCGAAUGCUCCCACGCACUGCUCAACAAAUUCCACCAAAAUGUCCUAUGGUCAAUGAGAGGCAAUUUCAUUUCUAUCCCGACGGAUUGCCCUCAGCGUGACGAGCGGUUGGGUUGGACUGGCGAUGCACAUGCCUUUGGGCCCACUGCUGAUUAUCUCUAUAAUACAGCUGGCUUUUGGCGAAGCUGGCACCGCGACGUUUGGUCCGAGAUGCAGGAAAACGGGACAAUGAUCGUACCACCAUAUGUUCCAAUUGUCCCGCCGAACGCAGGCUCGGAGCAGGGAGCUGCGGCAGUAUGGGGCGAUGUUGUAGUUGCUGGGCCAUACAACCAUUAUCAGGCAUACGGUGACCUGGGCAUGCUCGAAGAGCAGUACUCACAGGCCCAGAGCUGGAUCGAUACGGGAAUUCCACGUGAGGACACUGGUCUUUGGGAUCGAGACAGCUUUCAGUUCGGAGAUUGGUUGGACCCGAAGUCACCACCAGACAACCCAGGUGAUGCGACCACCGCCUCGCACCUUGUUGCCGACGCCUACUUGGUUCGAAUGACCGAGCUCCUUACCAAUAUAUCCACUGCCCUUGGGCACAGCGACCUGGCGCAAAAGUACAGCGAACAGCACGCCGGCUUGGUCGAUCAAUUCCGCAAGGCAUGGCUAACGGAUGGUGAAAUGGCAAACCGGACUCAAACAGCAUAUGCCUUGGGAUUGCACUUCGGCCUUUUUACAUCUGAUGAGGAGCGAUCUGCUGCCGGUGAUACUUUGCGCAGUCUAAUUGCCGACAAUAACUACCUUGUUGGCACAGGCUUCGCGGGCACUCCACCCCUGGGUUUCGCGUUGGCCGAUAUUGGCGCCACAGAUGACUUCUACCGCAUGCUGCUACAAACAAAGGUUCCGUCCUGGUUAUAUCAAGUGGUUCAGAAUGGAACUACGACGUGGGAGCGCUGGGAUAGCCUCUUGCAGAAUGGCAGUGUGAAUUCUGGAGAAAUGACAAGUUUCAACCACUAUGCCUUUGGCUCCGUUGCAGAUUGGAUUCACCAAGUUAUUGGUGGCCUUGCUCCUGCCGAGCCUGGUUGGAAAAAGAUUAAAAUCGCACCUGUCCCUGGCGGCAACAUUACUAGUGCCAACUCUCGUUUUAUCAGUCCAUAUGGAGAGGUCAGUUCCAAGUGGGAGCUCAAUGGGGAUAUUUUCGACUUGGAGGUCACUGUUCCACCCAACACAAAUGCUGUCAUUAUAUUGCCAUACGGGAAUGUGACGAAGGAAGUUGGAUCGGGGCAAUAUAAAUUCAAUGCGUCGAGGAAGUAA